AUGGACACGCUUCCCUGGUUGGACUUAUCUCAGGAGUCUCACCACAAAUUUCGCUAUUUGGCGUUCAGCAUCUUCGGCGUCUGGGUCGCGGCAAUUGGAAGGUGGGAGGAGGGCUGCCAACUCGGUGCUGAAAACGACUUGGUUCCAGGCAUCCUUGGCGUCUGGCUCUUCCAAAACCAGCUGUUUCGCUGUUGCGGUUCUAGUGAAGAGGAGCAGGGUCAACAAGAACUUGAAAAUGGUCCCGUUCAAACAGGUACCACCUGCCUUAUCCCCUUCGUGCUCCUGGCGGCCGUUAACGCAUUCUUUGACUUCUUAAUGGUUCUGGUGGCUUAUCCAGAGUGCUUCGAGUCCGUGAUGGCGGCCAAGGGCACUCUUUGUGCCGAAUCCUUCUUCACCUUUGGAGCAGGCGUCUUUCAGGCCUGCAGUGCCAUCCUUGCAUUUCAGAUCUGGUGGAGUAUGCCUCAAAGCUCGGGCUACAGCCUGGUCCUGCAGGCUCGUCGAAUGAAGGCGCCGUCGUUGUCCUUCGGUGGACUUGUGCACUUAAUGGGCGGCAGAAUGGAAGGCACUGGCAGGCGGUUUGGGUUUCUUACGAUUACGUAUGUUUUUGCACAGCUGGGCGACACGGCCGUGUCCAUGGUCCAGGAAAAGGUCACGUGUCGGACGGCCGCCUUUGAGUUCUUGCAGGUCGCCAAGCGGUCUGGCUCAAGAUGGUUGUCGCCACAAACAUGGCCGGCACCGGCCGACGACUUGCUCGAGAAGUGUGAGGUUGAAGGUGUGGAACAUAAGGUCCAGCUACAAGACGAUUCCAUUUGGAAGGAAGUCCUCGGGCACAAGGCGUACCAGCAGUACGCGAGCUCCGCAUCCCACAAGGCAUCCAAGACGACCACAGCGGAGACUGUGGAGACCACUGCAGCAGCUGUUGCCACAACUUCCAGCGUUCCCAGCUCUCACAGCAGCUCUUCCAGCAGCUCUCACAGCAGCUCUUCCAGCGCCAGCUCUUCCAGCUCCAGCUCAGCGCGCACUACGACCGCAAUGGCGCAAACCCAAGCUCCGCGGCCCGGUCUCAUCAUCUCUACAAAUCCUCAGGAGGAAACUCAGAGAGCUCCUGUAAGCAACGCAACAGAUGCAGACCGCAUUUCGAAGAUGGAUGAUGUGGCCAAAGAGUUUAUGAAUGAGGCAUCAAAGCUGGAUCCGGAUAGCGCAGAACACCACUCCCUCAAAAGAGUUGCUCACUUCCUAUCUGGUAUGGCGACGGCCAAGAAAAGGAUUACUUCCACGACUCCCAGUCCGAAGCUGCCUCAGCUCGCAGGGAACGUGAGCCAAAUGCCUUUGCACAGUGAACUUGCUCCCUUGGAAUCGUUAAAUGAUGGUAACAAGUGCGCCAGCGACGAAGAGGAGAUGAUGGGAACUUGCUACAAGAAGUGCGUCGAUCUUACAGGUGGGUACUUUCCAAUCAGGACAAGCCCCUUCUCCUGCUGUGAGGCCGAGCCCUGUGGUUUUCAAAACACACGGGUUCAUUUGAGCUUCUGCUCUGGCUUCGAUGUGGCAGGAGACCAGGAAGGCAAAGGCUGUCCCAACUUCGAGGGCGCCUGUUUGACUGACGAGGAGCUCUUCGAUGGUCUUUGCUACAAGAAGUGCUCCCUCUUCCCAAGCGGCUACACCUACAAUCACAGAGUGGCUCCGAACAUGUGCUGCAGCACGCACGGGCUCAAGUGCCUGCUGCCCAAGUACUUCAAGUUCAGCACUGAUUUCGCAGUCGGAGGUGGCCGAAACGAUGGCAAUGCACAGACGCCAUCGUUCGCACAUGCACCCAUGAAGGAGCUGACAGAAGUUGAGGCUCGGACUCGAACGCAAAAGAGUCAGCAGCGGUGGCUUGAUGUGGGUUGGAGCUCUUGUGCAGAUCAGUGGGAAAGCAGUCGCUGCACAGCCGAUAGUCUGUUGUUACCGCCAUUACUGCGGCAAUGCGCAAAGAUGUCGGACGUUCUUCGGCGCUGGAAUGUCUCCCAUGAAGAGCCGAUGGAAGGAGUGCUGUCGGAGCGGCUUAGCGAGAUAACGCAGGCCUCUGCGCCUCGGGCCGGCAUGAUCCCACUGAAUAUCUCCAGUAGCUUCAACCCACUAGUGAGUUCAAUCUGGCUUGCAGCCUCUAGAGAGAGUCUAGAGUCUAGAGACUCCGGCCCCGCCGUGCCGACGGCCCUCUUGGCCUCAAAGCAGGCAGCCAUGACGGAGCCAUCCAGCAAGGUGGCAAAAGGCGAGGAAGCCGUUCUGGAGAUCGCCGAGAUGUUGUUUCUGAGAGUCUCUGAGAACACGCAACUUGCAAGUCUCCUCGACCAGCAGCACUCAGACCAGGCAUUGGAGGAGUUCGCCAACCUGAUUGAGAAGCUGUCGGAUCUCGACUCCGCGCCAAUAGCGAUCUCGCCCAGCCUUUUAAGCCAGCAGGCGGUGGACUCUGUCUGUGAGAUCCUUCUGCGUUCUCUGCAAGAGAACUCAGACGUCCCGGAUCCGCUUGCGACCAGCUUGGCGAAGUUGACCCAGUCAGCCCGAAGCGAGCCCCGCCUUUCACGGCUGGCGAGCGACAUCAAGAAUGCACAGGCAGCGCAAAGGACUGCUUUGGACGCGGCCGCUGGUGGAGAAGAUGGAGAAGCAGACGACUUGAAUGGUGACUUUAACAUCAUGUCUUUCGAGGAGCUGGACAUGCCGGAGCACGAGGCGAAGCAGGUCCAGGAAGUGUGGAGUCGCUUCAACUCAUUCUAUGAUUCGUCAGAGGCGGCUGGUGAGGCGAUGUUUGAUGCAAUCCUCGACGCAUCGCCCACUCUGGGGACUUUGUUUAAGAUGCCAAGGGCUGUUGCAUCAAUGCGCCUUCAGGAAGGCAUCAACCAGAUAAUCAACUCCUUGCGGAACCCGAAACAGACUAAACAGUUGGUGGACGUCCUCGGUUUCAAGCACCUCAAUCUUGAAGUCACUGGCUCUCGCGUGCGGAUAAUUCGCGAUGCGCUGGUGGAACUGGUAGCCAGUGAAGUGAUUGCAUCGCACUCACGGCAAGCUCUGGGAAGCUUUAUCAAGGUCCUCAACUACAUAGGUGGAGCGCUGUUAUACAUACGAGCCACCUACGCGCAGCGAUUGCAGACAUUGUCAACCAGCUGGGCAGAAGCGAACAGAGAUCGUGACAAGGUCAAAAAAGCGUCCGGCGAGAAGAAGCCUCAGGACACAGCACAGCUCAUGAAGCAAAAGAUGGAUGAGCAUGUGCCAGAAGAGGUCGUGUACAUCGGUGAGGAGCGCAUGGCAGAGCGACGACGCCGUCAGGAGCAGCAUGUGCCAAAGACUUUUUAUGACAUGUUCUGCUUCAAUGCUGCCGUGAUGGACCUGCUGCAGGACUGGAUGUUCGAAAUCCUUGAUGCCUUCGAUGACAUUGUGUGCAACGCUGCCAAUGUUUAUCGCCUGCAGGAAGAAUGUGAUGUUCUCGUCUUGAAGAUCUCUAAGUUGGACACCGAGAUCAAUCUCGACGACUUCAAAGCUGUUAUGCUUGCAUCCCUGCGGUCACUCCUGCCGAAGGACUGGACAUCAGCACACGAAGAGGUUUGGUGCUGGCUAUGGGAGAGCGUGCAGAGCCUGCUGAACGAAGAGUUGGGCAAGCCUGCCGCACGGGCCAGGAUCUUGUCUCGGUAUAUGUCCUCGUUAGAUGACCAAGCGCGGCAAGAGAUUGGAGAGGAAGUCUACCGUAACUUUUUCACCAUCGUGCCUGCUGGUCAGGACUACAUGAAGCAGUCAAGGACUCGACUGCACUUCAUCGCCGACUCUGUCAUGCGACUGAGCGGCUUGUUUGCAGAAACCCAACGGAAUUUCGACUUCCAUGGCCUGGUCUUGGGCUUUCGGGCCCACGACGAGCCGCCACUUUGUGUUGUCUUCGGCGAGGGGUCGGGCUGGGAGGAAGCAGCUGGACUCAAGCUGUUCAAUUUGGAUCGCAAAGUCGACACGCAAAUCACGCUACAAUGGCUUUUUGAAGACAUGAACUGCGAUGCUAUCAGAACCGUGAAGCUGUCAGGUGAGGAGUUGUACCAGGAGCCGUACCGGAUGGUUGACGAGCUUUCUGCACUCGGACUGCGUCACGUCGGCUACGCUGUCCCCACGGAGUUCUUCGGCCCAUUCGUGAACGCCUUCAUUGAAGUCGUGAAAGACCGUGUGGAUGAUCCCCCCAUUAUCGAAAGCUUCUCAUGGUCGCUGGGGCUAAUGGCCCGAAUGCUGGUCCGGACAAUCAAGGAGGGCUCCACGAUUGUCAUGAAGGCCAUCAACCAGAACUCCAAGGAGCUGAUGGGAAGCGCACUCAUUUGUGCGCCUCGUGGGGAGCGCUUCAAUUGGGUGUUGACCGUCGCAGCCACUCGUCGUGGAGACGGG